AUGCCGAAUCCGGAUGAGAGUGAGAGGAAUGCAGCAGCAAGGAAGCUUGGACGUGUGGGGGAGAAGCUCCUCAAGAACUCUUCUCUGCUACUAUCAACCCUGGGACAAGAGCUAACCGAGCCAAUUCAAGAAUCACUUGUAUCUUCAAAGAAGGCUUUGAUUUCCAUUAAACUUUUGAGGCUCACAGAUGAGGAUGUUAAGAUUUCAGUUACAUCUUGCCUCAUUGAGAUUACAAGAAUCACUGAUGUCCCUUAUGAUGAUGGACAAAUGAAGGAAAUCUUCAAGCUUAUAGUGGCAUCUUUCGAGAAAUUUUCUCACAUAUCUGGUCAUGAAAAAGCACUUGACAUACCUGGCUAUUGA